AUGGACCAGCGCAAUAUGGUGGCCAUCGAUGCUAACGAUGGAUGUGAUAAACCUCAGAAGAAAAUCUUCAUACCUGACAUACUCGCAAGAUGGCCGUUUCCUCGUCAGCUCAAUCAGCACUAUUUCAAAGUCCGUGUUGAAUCAUCUGCUUGGCUGGCAGGCUUUAAAGCCUUCAGCCCCAAAGCACAGCAAGCCUUCGAUCGCGGCAAUUUCUGUCUUGCUGCAUGUUUAUGCUUCCCAAACACGUGCGAAGAACACGCUCGCAGCGCUUGCGAUUUCAUGAAUCUUGUAUUUGUCAUAGAUGAAUACACAGAUGUCUUGGAAGAAGACGAGGUCCGUCAACGAAAGGACGUCAUAAUGGAUGCUCUGCGUCACCCUCAUAAGCCACGUCCAAAAGGGGAAUGCGUCGUUGGAGAAGUCACUCGCCAUACUAUACGUAACGCCAGUGGUCAAGCGCAAAAGCUGGGCGUAGUGCAGCAGGCCAUUGACCGAAAAGGCCAUCACAUUCGUGACAUUCAAAGUUAUAUCGACGUGCGCUGCAGAACGAUCGGAGCGCGGCCUUCGUUCGCCCUCUUAGAGCUGGGUCUCGAUAUCCCAGAUGAAGUCAUUUCGCACCCAACAAUCAAGGAUAUGAUGGCGGCAUCCACUGAAAUGAUCGCUCUCGCCAAUGAUAUCAUAUCCUACAAUGUAGAGCAAGUGCGUGGAGACGACAGUCACAUGACGAUUAAAGACACUGACAUUGGCGAGAGCGAUCAUUUCAGUGGAUGCCGCCAUCAUAUCCUUGAUUGUUGGGGCGAACGAAGGAAGUUCUUCGAGGCCGCCGCGGCCAUUCCGAAAUGGGGAGAGCCCAUCGACUCGCAAGUUAGGGAGUACUGUGACGGCUUGGGAAACUGGGUGCGCGCCAACCAUGAUUGGAGUUUCGAGACCGAGAGGUACCUUGGCACAAACGGUCUGGAAAUUCAACGGGAAAGGUGGAUUUUGCUGAUGCCGAAAAACCACCGAUCGAAAUCUUGA